AUGUGUGACCUCAGACUCCUGUGUAGAAAAGGACGUGGAGCUCUGAGCGACUCCCUCAGAGCAGCUUACUCAGAGCGACUCCCUCAGAUCAGCUCCCUCAGAGCAGCUUACUCAGAGCGACUCCCUCAGAGCGACUCCCUCAGAGCGACUCCCUCAGAGCGACUCCCUCAGAUCAGCUCCCUCAGAGCAGCUUACUCAGAGCGACUCCCUCAGAGCGACUCCCUCAGAGCGACUCCCUCAGAGCGACUCCCUCAGAGCAGCUUACUCAGAUCAGCUCCCUCAGAGCGACUCCCUCAGAGCGACUCCCUCAGAGCAGCUUACUCAGAUCAGCUCCCUCAGAGCGACUCCCUCAGAGCAGCUUACUCAGAUCAGCUCCCUCAGAGCGACUCCCUCAGAGCAGCUCCCUCAGAGCGACUCCCUCAGAGCAGCUCCCUCAAAGCAGCUCCCUCAGAGCGACUCCCUCAGAGCGACUCCCUCAGAGCAGCUUACUCAGAUCGACUCCCUCAGAGCGACUCCCUCAGAGCGACUCCCUCAGAGCGACUCCCUCAGAUCGACUCCCUCAGAGCGACUCCCUCAGAGCGACUCCCUCAGAGCGACUCCCUCAGAGCAGCUUACUCAGAGCGACUCCCUCAGAGCGACUCCCUCAGAGCGACUCCCUCAGAGCAGCUUACUCAGAGUUUGGAGCCACUUUAA